CAUUAUGUUCCGAAUGAUAAUAAAAAGUGAGAUUAUUUUUCCAAAAAAAUCAUGGUAAGUGUAGAUAAAAACUAAGUCCAAAUCUAGAAUAUGUUGACUAAGGGUUGCUUCUUAUCAACUUCCCCACAUCUCCAACAUUUUUACUCCACAUUUUAAGUCCCAACCAAAUAAACUUAACCUUCCACAGUCCAACCUUUUGAAUCACUGACAACAAUGGCGGAUUACACUCUCAUUACUAUCAAACCAUACCUAUUCAUCUCCCUCCUCCUCCUCCUCUUUCCUCUCUACCUAAUCUCCAAACACUUCCGCCGGAAAAUCAAGAACCACCCGCCGGCCCCCUUCCUUGCCCUCCCCGUCAUCGGCCACCUCUACCUCCUCAAGAAGCCUCUCCACCGGACCCUAACCCGCAUCUCCAAGCGCUACGGACCCGUCGUCCUCCUCGACCUCGGCUCCCGGAAGGUCCUGACCGUCUCCUCCCCUUCCGCCGCGGAGGAGUGCCUCUCCAAGAACGACGUCGUUUUCGCCAACCGCCCUCGCCUCAUGGUCGGGAAGUAUAUUGGGUACAAUUACACCUCCCUGGUCUGGGCGCCCUACGGCGACCACUGGCGGAAUCUCCGGCGAAUCGUGGCCACCGAAAUCCUGUCCAACAAUCGCCUCCAGACUCUCCACGAAAUCCGCGCCGAUGAGGUGAAAUCUAUGCUCAGAAAGCUGAGUUCCGCUUCCGAUUCGGAUUCCCCUGCGGAUAUGAAGACUCUGUUUUUCGAGCUGAUGUUGAACCUUCUGAUGAGGAUGAUCGCCGGGAAGCGGUAUUACGGCGACGAAGUGGGGGAUAUCGGGGAGGCAGAGCGGUUUAAGGAGAUAGUCAAAGAGGUAUUCUUGCUCAGUGGGGUCAACAACGUGGGAGAUUACGUGCCGGCGUUGAGCAGGGCGUCCGGGGACUUGCUCAAGCUACAGCACAAGAGGGACGCUUUCUUUCAGGAUCUGAUCGCCGACUGCCGGGAAAGAAUAGAUAACGGCGGCGAAACGGCGGCCGGGAAUAAGAAAUCAUUUGUGGAGGUGCUGUUGACGCUGCAAACAGAGGACCCAAAAUAUUACAAUGAUGAAACUAUCCGAGCCCUUAUGUCUGUGAUCUUAGCAGCAGGAACAGAUACAUCAGUGGCCACAAUGGAGUGGGCACUCUCGCUUUUAUUAAACCACCCACAAGUCUUGAAGAAGGCGCGAAAGGAAAUCGACCAUCUGAUCGGACGGGAGAGAUUAAUUGCGGAAUUCGACUUGGCUAACCUCCCUUACCUGAGCUGCAUAAUAAAGGAGACGAUGAGAAUGUACCCUGCAGGACCACUAGGGGUCGCCCACGAGUCCUCUAAAGAGUGCACCGUGGGAGGGUACCUUAUUCCCAAGGGCACAAUGCUGCUGCUCAACUUUUAUUCCAUCCACAGGGACCCCAAAUAUUGGGAGGACCCGGAGAGCUUCAAGCCCGAGAGAUUUGAAGGGUUGGAGGGAGUGAUGGGUGCCAAAGACCAUGGCUACAAAUGGAUGCCUUUUGGGUCGGGUAGGAGAGGAUGCCCCGGGGAAGGGCUGGCGUGGCGUAUGAUCGGGUUAUCUUUAGGGUCGUUGAUACAGUGCUUUGACUGGGAACGAAUGGAGGGGAGUGAACUGGUGGAUAUGAAGGAAGGAGGUGGUUUGACCAUGCCCAAAGCUCUGCCUUUGAUGGCCAAGUGCAAGACAAGACCUUUUGUCAAAGCCUUGCUUUCUUUCUAACUAUUGUUACUUCGUUCAUAUUAUGUUAUCACACUAUUACUAUUGUUCUACGUCCAUCACAUUUCUUUUCCUUUAGGGGAAAAAUGUAUGCGAACAUGUUGUUACACAAUAAAAUAUAGAUGCUUUUUUGUCCCGUAAUUGUAUCUCUUUCCUAUUUCAGGACAUCUCAUAUUUUUCUUAUAAAAUAUAGUGGAGACUGUAGG